ACCUGUUCCGUUCUCGCACUCGCACACUGAUGCGUUCCGUGCUCAGAUUUUGAACUCAAGAGCCAGACUUUUACUGACUUGUGUUUUUAGACAUUAUAAGAAGAACGCGUGUCGUUCUAACAGAGUGAACGCCUGUGGGAUGCGUGACUGGAGGAACGGCUACUGAUUCUGAACUUAUUGGACUGUUAGUGGGAUGAGGAGAGUCACUUAGUGGAAGACACACUCGAGUAGAGAUCUAUUUUUAACACGAAUUGAAGUGAACGUUUUUGUAACAUGCGGGAUUUUUUUAAACAAACGGAGGACACGGUUUUACGCACGUAAGGCGUUUAGCGCUCAAGUUUGCGCUCGGAUUAAAGAGUUCAUUUUGGUUUUAUUUAGCUUGUUUUUUAUAUCUUUAUAUCACAUUUUUAAUAUUGAAUUUGUAAUAAAAAUCUUUUUUAUUGCAUUUCGUUUAUUCUGUACUAUUAAAUAAAUAAGAAACAACGCCUACAGACUCAGCAUGUGGAAUAAUGCAUCCUCCAAAACUUUACUAAAACGAAUACUAUUAUAGAGCAGCCUAUAUUUGUGUUGUGAUUGCACACGUCUGCAGCUGGACAUGGCGAACACUCUGGAGAGAGAGAUUCUGGAGCGCGAGCUCCGUCCACGGCUGUGUUAUGUGACUAAAGGAGAUCGUGGGUACGGAUUUCAUCUGCAUGGCGACCGCAACCGAGGAGCGCAAUACAUCCGCAGGAUCGAGCCGGGCUCCCCCGCGGACCUGUCUGGUCUCAGGUCCGGGGACCGGGUGGUGGAGGUGAACGGAGAGAACGUGGAGGGAGAGACGCAUCAGCAGGUGGUUCAGAGGAUCCUGGAGGUGGAGCACCGCACCAGGCUGCUGGUGGUGGACCGGGUCACCGAGGAGUUCCUGAAGUUUCAUGGUCUGCCGUGUACAGAGGAUAGGGCGAUUGAGAUGGGCUCUCUGUCCUCUCGCUCCUCAGCGGCAUCCUCUCCUCGCGCCUCCCCGCGAGACUCCGCCACUCCUCCCUACAGCAGACAGAGCUCAGAGGGCAUUUUCAUUAAUAAGAGUCCCAGCAGCGCUGGAGGAGUAAUGAACGGCUCUCCACUCUACAGAGCUCAUGCCCGUCUGUCGUCACCCGUGUUUCUGCCUCUGCCAUCACCCGGUGAACACAAGACUGAACCGGAGACCGAACCCUUCACCAAACUCACUGUGGAGUCCAGCGUCACCCCCGAGCCUGAACAUGAGACUGAACCGGUGCGUGACCUCAGCACUGACCUCAGCGUAUCAGAGACCAGCACACAGGAGGAGACGCUUUCAGAGGUGGAUGUGGUAACGAAGGACCUGCGUCCGCGCUUGUGUCACAUGACCAUCGGCGAGCAGGGCUACGGCUUCAACCUGCACUGCAAGAAGUCGCACGUGGGUCAGUACAUCCGCUCGGUGGACCCCGACUCUCCGGCGGAGCACGCGGGUCUGAGGCCCAGAGACCGGCUCAUCGAGGUGAACGACACGAGCAUCGAGGGUCUGCGUCACGCGGAGGUGGUGGCGUUGAUCAAAGCGGGCGGCACAGAGACCCGCCUGCUGGUGGUGGAUCCCGAGACAGAUGAGCUCUUUAACCGACUGGGUAUCGUGCCCACAUCUAUUCAUCUUAAAGAGGACUGUGUGGACGGGCCAGUCAUAGAGAGUCCUAAAGCGACGUGUCCAACCACACGCAGCACGGUCCCAGACGCCCCCAAGAUCUCUCCACCAAUCAUCAACAUCACACUAACUGACCCAGCAAUCAGCAACGGCUCCCCAAGACACGAGAGUCACAGAAGCUCCUCCUCUCGAUCCACUUUAUCAGAGACGAGCGCCGAAAUCAGCAGCUUUGACAGCAGCAGCAAGCUCACAGAUUCUGACCAUCACUCCAGCGAUGACGCACGUAAACCAGAGCGAGAUGUGAAAUCUGAGGAUCCGUUCCGGGAGAGCGGUCUGCAACUGAGUCUGACCGCGGCGGAGGCCAAGCAGAAAGCCCAGGCCAAACGGCCCAACAAGAGAGCGCCCCCUAUGGACUGGAGCAAGAAACAGGAAAUCUUCAGCAACUUCUGAGCAGCGCACACAUCAGAAAGUUCACCUUAGUUGUAGACAGGUUCCACGACACACAAACCAAAUACAUGCAGCUUAGACCAGAUUAGAUCAACCUCCUGAAUUUAUCAAAAAAGGAUGAGUUUGGAUUCAGGCUGAUGUGUGUUAAAUGCAAAUCUGAAAGUAUGUUUUGAACAGAAAUGCAGCGGUUUGGACAUCAUGUUAAGGGUUUAACAGAGCUUAAUUCUGCAUUUUGUUACUAGCGAGUGUUCCACAAUUAGCCAGUUGGUUAUUUCACCCAAUAAUGCACAAGUUCCGUUCUUGAAGUCGCUUUCCUGCCAUCACAUUUCUUCUCUUUCUCAGAGAUACUUAUGCAACAGCGGUUUCCACAGACCAGAAAAUAAGGAAGGAAUGAAAAGAGAGUAAGAAAACGUCAUUACAAGGCAGAAACAGUAAGAAGGAAAGACAUACUGAAGGAAAGGUAAAGAGAAAGUGUAAUUGCAAUAGUUAAAGUCAACGAAAGACGUCAACCGAACAUCGAGAUGAGAAGCCAAAGGUUAUAGGUUUAAAUCCCUGAAGAAAGAAGUCAGGAUCUUGCACUAUUAAGAGAAGAUUUACAGUAAGAAGAACCGUGGAAGAGAAGGUUCAGUUAGAGAUCUUUAGACAGUAAACACCUGUGACCAGAGCACAUCAUCUUUAUGCUAAUAUUAAGGCUGGGCGAUAUGGUCAAAAAACUUAUUAUGAUAAAAAAAUUCAAAUCUAUGAUUAUCACAGUAAAUUUCAGUUCUUUAUUUCUUUCAAGCUUUUGGAUUUUUGCUCCUGAAGUGAAAGUUGUAGAAACCGGACCAUUAAUUGUGGUUUUAAACUACACUUUAUGAUCAGAACGUGACAGACACUUCACGCUUUUGAAUUCUUUACACUUUUCCAGUCAUUUUUUCUUAACAAAAUAAAUAUCUUAAUUAAUUUCUUAUUUUCUGCAUUUUCUAAUGAGUGAUAUUGUUUCAAGUCAUGAAACAGGUUUGUGUCGCCUGACUUUUACGCAUAUCUUAAACAGUUUGCAGUGCAGGCUGCAAUAUUAAUAAUAUUACUUUUUUUUUUUUCUUAGAAAUGCAUAUUUGACAGUAGCUUGAGUUAGGAUGCAGAUCAAAAAAAUAUGUUUAUUAUCAAAAACAUCUGUAAAAACUGUAACCUCAUUCUUACAUGGUGAAAUUUAAUUAUUCUGACUGUUUUAUCAAAAUUAACCACUGGUCUUCCAUAGUAGCAUAUAUUUAGAUCAUGAUAACCACAGUUAAAACCACUCAUACAGCACCUCAAAUACCAUGGUAAAAAUGUAACUAAAUGGUUUCUAGGUAUUUAUAUGAAAAACAGUAGCCUUUAGUAUAAGUGCACACACGUUAUAAUCACAACAAAACUGUAAUUAUAUAACAUUACUCCUUUAAUACAUGUCUAAAUUAAUAAUAUAAUAAAAUUCGAUAUUAAUAUCCCACCUUUCCAUACAGUUAGUGUUACUACGUUAAUCCUUUGUAAAUGAUGCAGAUAAAGGAUUAGUGCUGUUUCGUUGCGUUUUUGGCGCAUAAACAUUAUAUCCAACAUUUAAUGAACUCUUGUUAUCGUUUUAUCAAGGAAAAUUAUAUCGCAAUAAUUAUUGUUAUCGUUUUAUCGCCCAGCCCUAACUAUAAAUCCUCACAAUAUUCACUACUAGCAGACAUAGUUACAGUUAAACUGAAUAAUCUUUAGAUCGCAAAUCGCGAACUUAUGCACUAUUACAUGACAUUUUGUAGUAUAAAUAGUGCUAGUGCGUUCGCACUGAAAAUACCAAAAAGAAAAAAAAAGGGGGGGGGGGGGGCACUUGAAAUACCCGGAUGAUGCACUUAACCGAAAAUAAAACUGCGUCCGAAAUCGCGUACUGAGUAGGAACUACAUUUGAAUUUGAAUUUAGCCUAGGAAUUCCAAACGGCUUUUUUGCGCCCUUGAAGGGCACUUCGGAAAGUUCCAAACAACAAUGAACAACUGAAUCCCUUCACGAAGGGCCCUUCCAAUAGUACGUCAGAGAAGGGAACAUGCUAACAUCAUGGAAGUGAUUUCCAUUUGUGAUCUUGUCAGGAGAUCUUGCGAUGCUUUUUAAAGCGAAGUUUGAGUUGAUUUCAAUUUCACAUACAAACGUAAGUAGAAUAGGCUAAUAGUGCUGUCAAAUGAUUAAUCGCGAAUAAUCGCAUCCAAAAUAAAAGUUUUUGUUUACAUAAUA